AGCGGCAGCCCAGCCAGGCCAUGGCAGUCUUCGACACCCCGCAGGAGGCCUUUGGAGCCUUGCGCCCGGUGUGCGUGCAGCUGACCAAAGCCCAGACGACUGAUAACGUGGAGCGCCUCCAUUUGCAGCUGCAAGCCGUGAGCGACUCGGCGUUGCAGGAGCUGCAAGAGUACGUCCUCUUCCCGCUGAGGUUUGCCCUCAAAACGCCGGGGCCAAAACGCGAGGGCGUGGUCCAGAGCGUGCUGGAGUGCCUGACGUUCGUGCUCUCCGCCACGUGCGUGAAGAAGACUGACCUGCUGCAGGAGCUUUUCUCCGAGCUCUGCCUCUGCUUGGCGUCUCCUUCCAGCCCCAACCAGCUGGCCCCCCUGCCCGAGGAGCUGAAGCAGGCGGUGCUCCGGGCCCUGCUGGCUCUGCUGCAUUCUACCUACUGGGAUGUUCUCUUGACUCUCUAUCAGCCCUCCGCCCUUCCCCACCUGGGUUUUGCGGUGUCUUUGCUGCUGGCCUUAGCGGAACAGGAGAAAGCCAGGGCCGUUCAGAUCUCCGCCUUAUGCUGCUUGCAGGCUCUCCUGCUGCAGUGUGAUUGCCCAGAGGAUCACAGGCCCCUGGCUGGCGAGGAGAGGAGACGUCUUGGAGACCUCUUUGCUUCUUUCCUGCCGGGCAUCUCCACCGCCCUGUCCCGGAUUAUCACGGGAGACGUGAAGCAAGGGCACGGCGUCGUUGUCUCAGCCACCAGGGUCUUCUCUCGAGCGCUGAGUUUGGUGAUGGCCGACAAGCAGCUCGAGCAGGUCCCACCAAAGAGAAAGAAGCCGGCUUCGGUUCCAGGCAGCAGAAUAUCGGAGCUCCUGGUGCACAGAGGCCCAGACUGGGCAAACAGCACCGCAGCCAAACUCUCGAUCCUGAUCAGGAAGGUGGUUGACUGGGUUUCUGCUCACCCGCAUUGGAAGGCGAGGAAGGAGCUGGUGGAAAUGUCCUCUCUCCUUUUGACCGAGUGCAGCCGGUCCUUGGCAGGAUCCGCCGGCCAGUUCGUGAAAGCCUUAGUCGGCCUCGUGAAUGAUGAGAGCCCCGAGGUCCAGAGCCGGAGCAACGAGGCACUUAGGAGCCUGGCGGCACGAGGGGCCAUAGCCGAGGACAGACACCUGGCGGACGUCCUUUCGGAGGAGCUGCACUCGCUUACCACGGCCCUGCCUCGCUUCAUGAGCUCCCGGGAUGACCAGGGCAAACUGGCAACCUUGAACUUGCUCGUUGGCUACCUGAAACUCUUGGGCCCCAAGAUGAAUGUUGUCCUCCGCUCCACGUCCCAUCUCCAGCGCCUCUCCAAAGCACUCAUGCAAGUUCUGGAGCUGGACAUGAAGGACAUCAAGAUCGUGGAGGAAAGGCGCUGGUGGGGCCCGGAAGGCUCGCGGGAGCUAUCCGGAAGACUGAUGGAGCACCGGCACGAGGGUAGCAGUCCACGGAAAUGCUUCCGCUUCUUCACGGAGGAUCGGAUUUUCUUUCUGCUGCGGCAGGUGGGCCAAAUUCUUGGGUACUACGGAGACCUCUAUUUGCUUGUGGACCACUUUAUGGAGCUCUACAGGGAGUCUGCCGUGUACCGGACGCAGGCGGCCAUGGUGGUCAACGAGCUGGUCGCCGGAGCUGCGGGGCUGAACGUGGACGUCCUCCACGAGCGGGAAACAGUACCGAGCAAAGAGGAACUCAAAGGGGUUGUCGCUUCUGUGUUGGAGGAAUACACAGACCCAGCAAACUGGCAUUUGGUCACCAGUAUCGAAGGGGGAGAUCUUGAUGCGGAACCGAACAUGAAAUAUUCCGGGCUCCUCGCUGUCCCGCCUGAAGCGAGCCACCAGCUCCCUCCUCCUUUGAAUCUAAGGCCCCCGGUCCAUUCCAUGAGUGGCAACAUCUGGCAAAUUUGCAUCCAGCUGGAAGGAAUCGGCCGCUUUGCUUUGGCGCUGGAGAAAGACUUUCGCGAGCUCUUGAUCUCUGUUCUGUACCCUGUCCUGGAAAAGGCUGGAGACGGCACCCUGCUGGUCAGCCAGGCGGCGAUGGGGACCGUGGGGGACAUCUGCCAGGCCUGUGGGUACUACUCGGCCUCUGACCUCAUCUGCCAAAACGCAGACUACUUGGUGGACAGGAUUUCCUUGCACCUGUGCCGUCUGACUCACGAACUCCAUGCCGCGCAGGUCCUGGAGGCCAUGCUACGACACUCGGAUGCCAAUGUGCUGCCUUUGGUGGAGGACGUGAUUCAAGAUGUUCUGGCCGCGCUCGAUCGGGGUCACAGAGACCGCACACCUUUGUUCCUUGGGGUCAUGCACGUGCUCUUGACAAUGCUAGCUUCCUGGUUUGCGUCUGGGCACCAAACGGAGGGGACUUUGGAGCAGAAUGGCAGCCGUUUGCCGGGCGAAGCUGGCCCGCAGGAGAGAAGGCCUGCAGUUAUGCCCACCGUGGAGGAGAUGGAGGCCUUCUUCCGUGAUUACGUCCGGCAGAAGCAGAUUGCAGAGGGUGAUCUUCUGGAGGACGAGAAUGAAGAGACAGAAGAGCCUCAGCCUGCUUUAGAGUCUGCGUCAAACGACCCCAGCUUGGAGAUGGAGACCCCUUUGCCAGCCCACGCCCAGAUCGCCAAAGAAGUGAUGGAGCGCUGUGUCCACCUACUCUCGGACCAGAGCCUUCGCGUGCGCCUGAAGGUUCUGGAUGUCUUGGAGCUUUGCCUGAUGGUUCUGCAUCCACACCAAAACCACCUCCUCCCAUUGGCUCAUCGGACGUGGCCCGCCCUUGCCACCCGCCUGACCAACGACGACCCCUUGGCCGUGCUCCGAGCCUUCAGGGUGUUGUGCACAUUAGGAGUCGGGAGCGGUGACUUCCUGCGGCGGCGGUUUUCCAAGGACGUCCUGCCCAAGCUGGCGGGCUCCCUGGUCAGCCAGGCACCAGUCAGCUCCCGCGCCGGGCCCAUCUACAGCCACACCGUGGCCUUCAAGCUGCAGCUGGCCGUGCUUCAGGGCCUCGGCUCCCUCUGCCAAGCCCUGGACCUUGACGAGAGUGAUCUUCACCAAGUGGCAAACGCCUGCCUGCCCUACCUCAGCGCAAAACAGCCUGCAAAAUUGCAAGCAGCUUCUCGCAGCGUUUUCCUCCACCUGAUGCAGUUGGACCCGGAUACCCUAUGGCUGUUUCUCAGCGAGGUUUGGUGCCCUCGGGCCUACGAGCCCCCCCACCCCAGCCUGCGCCCAGUGAGGCUGAGCGGGGCGGGGAAGAAGCGGAACGAGUUCACGGACAACGUGCAACGCCUGCUGGACGAGCUGCCGUGA